AGUUACAAAUCACAAUGACCAAGAUCUGAAAGAUUCAAUGGACUUUUUCUCUACGACACUGCAGGAUAUUCAUGCUAAUGGAUUUCCUUCUAAUUGGUCUGUACCUAAAGUGGCCCCUAAGGAAGCCACCUGGGCUGAUUCUGUGCUCCCUGGGCAUUGUUCUGAAAAUAGUUCCGUUGGUGGGGGGGAGCUGUCCGAGGCCAUGCCGAUGCGACAACAAGCUGUUGUAUUGUGAGGGGCUCAACCUGACUGACAUCCCUCAAAAUCUGAGCAGUGCCAUUGGUUUGUCCCUGCGCGAGAAUAACAUCUCUGAGCUGCGGGAGGGGAACUUUGUGGGCCUGUCACAGCUUACCUGGCUCUACUUGGAUCAUAACAAUAUUGAGAUCGUGGAGGAGAGCGCCUUUGAAAGGCUGCGAAGGGUUAAAGUGGAUCUGAGCACCAAUCGGAUAGAGAGCCUGCCCAACGGGACCUUUAGACCUCUGCCCAACCUGCGAAUAUUGGAUUUAUCCUAUAACAAACUUCAGUCCUUAGAGCCAGACCUUUUCCAUGGCCUUAGGAAGCUUACCAAUUUACAUUUGCGCUACAAUGCCCUUAAAUUCAUCCCUGUGCGGAUUUUCCAGGAUUGCAGAAGCAUGCAAUUCCUGGAUCUGGGUUACAACCAGCUGCAGAGCCUGGCACGUAAUUCAUUUGCCGGACUCUUCAAGCUCACUGAACUGCAUCUGGAGCACAAUGAAUUGGUGAAAGUCAAUCUGGCCCAUUUCCGCCUCAUAUCCCUGCGGACCCUCUACAUGCGAAACAAUAAGGCCACCAUUGUGGUCAGCACCCUUGACUGGACCUGGGACCACUUGGAGAAGAUUGACUUUUCCAAUAAUGAGAUUGAGAACAUUGAACCACAUGUGUUUGAAAGUGUGCCCAACCUUAACAUUCUUAUGCUGGACUCUAAUAAACUGACUUACAUAAAUCAGCGGAUUUUGGACUCUUGGAAUUCCCUCGAG